AAAAUGGAUUUUUGAAAUUUUUUAGAGAGGCCCACGUUAUGCUGGAUAUAUCUAUGACAGAGAUGUUUGCGACGAAAUAUCGGCACCAUCUGAGACAGCACUGCAUAUCAACGCGUUGGAGAAACUGAUUGUUGGCUUCUCCUACUUACUCAUUUUUCUUACCCUUCCAAUUUCGUUGUUCUUUUCCGUUAAGUUUAUUAGCGCUUUUGAAUGUUUGGUAGUUCUUCGACUGGGAAAAGCUCGAAAAUUGACGGGUCCAGGAACAACUCUUGUUCUGCCCUGUAUCGAUUCGUAUACCCGUGUUGACCUUCGAGUAAAUGCAUUUCAUGUACCGCCGAUGCAAAUAAUCACUGUUGAUCGAGGCCUUGUAGAACUUGGUGCUACUGUUUUUUUUCAAAUUAAAGAUGCUGUUGCUGCGGUAUGUGCGAUAAAGGAACGGAAUCAGUCGACACGUACCUUGGCAAUCACAGUACUUCAUCGACUGGUAUGUAGGAAACGUAUAUGUGAAAUUAUUGGCGGAUAUGGUAAAGCUGAAUUAGCUGAAGCUUUAAAGGGUGAAUUAUUUGAAAUGACUUCAUCAUGGGGUAUUGAAAUUACAAAAAUUGAGCUGUCGGAAAUUAAGGUGUUAAAGGAUGGCGAAAAUAUUGCGCUUGAAACAUUUACAAAGACACAAAUAAAUAACUGCGAAAAUAUUAUUUUUUUUCUCCAGGUGCUAAAAUCGGACUUUGGUGCUACAUUGUUGAAAUCAUUGGGCUCAACUGUGCAAAGUUUUGUGAUGGAAAACAAGGAGGAGAAAAAGGAUCUUAUUGAUUUUCCGGACGACGAUGGUGACGCUAAAGGCAAAGAAGAUAAAAGUAAAACUGCUAAACGGUCAACAGAGAAGAACACAGCACAGCUAAACUCUGCAGUUUCUGGUUCUUCUCUACCCGGUACCAGUAAAGGAUCUAACGAAAGCAUUGAUUUGGAUCAACUGUUAGGCUUAAUAUCAAUGGUUAUCGAUGAGCAUUUGGUAGCAUUAGUAGGACAUAUCUUUCAAAUUGAAUGUGUUGAAGUUGGUGAUUUUUACAUUGAUUUGAAAAAUGGCCAAGGUAGUUGUGGCAGAGGACGACGAGCAAAUGCUGACGUAAUUUUUCGUCUUCGUCAAGAAGCUUUCCAAAAUUUUUUGAAAAAAAAAUUGUCACCAUUGCAAGCUUACUUUGAUGGCACUGUACAAAUUUCGGGUUCUAAAAAAGCGGCAAUGAAACUGUCAUUUUUGUCCGAAAGACUUGUCCAUUUGUUUUGA